AGCAGGAUAGUCUACUCACUUCCGACUCCCUCGUUCAAUGGCACCUACCUACGUUUCUGAUAAAAAUAUAUCAGUGAUGUGGGGCUCCGAUGAAGACUUACAAUGACAGCAGUCAAUGAAAUGGUCUCUGACAGCCUCUUUGACAAUUUCUCUGCUGUAGAUUCGCCGAACGACGCCAACUAUGUCGUAGAUUUUCUCACCGACACCAACUCCGGCGCAGACUUUUGGUCGCAGGCUAUGAUAAUGUUACUGAAAGUGUCACCGCCAAUAAUUUUAAUUUUAGGGAUGUUCGGAAACAUCAUGGCCAUCAUCAUUCAUCGCCGGUUGAGCCGCCAGUCCGCCAUGUCCUUGUACUUCGUGGCGUUGGCCGUGGCAGACAUCGGUCUCCUCGUGUUCGGCCUGGUGCAGGUGUGGACGCGGUACGAGUUUGCGUUUGACGUCGAGGACCUGACGGAAGUGACGUGUCGGGUUUACGCGUACGGGCUCUACGUCAGCGGCGCCAUGUCGGCCUGGCUGCUGGUCGCCGUGACGCUGCAGCGCGCAGCCUCCGUGGUGGUGCCGCACCGUGUCAACGCCUUGUGCACUCGCGGGGUGUCGCAGACAAUCAUCGCCGCCAUCAGCAUCACGCUCAUCUCGCUGCACGCUCACAUCAUCUACGGCAAGUUGUUGCGACCCGAGGCCUUCGUCAACGUGACACUACCGAGGGACUGCUACUUCAUAGAUCAGCACUACGAGGCCUUCUUCUUCAACGUGUGGUCGUGGUUCGACCUGCUCGUCUUCUCCGUCACUCCCUUCGCUAUCCUCCUCUUGUCCAAUAUCGUCCUCCUCAAAACGGUUGUGAUGUCCGUGAGAACUGCCCGCCAUCGCCUGGCGGUGGGUGACCCUGGGCAGGUCAACUCUCGUGAAAAGCGAGCCUCGUCUCUGACUGUGACCCUGAUAGCCUUGUCCUUCACCUUCUUUCUUUUGACCAUGCCCUACUGCGCUUAUCUCCUUUCGUAUGCUUAUGUCAUGGAGCUGAUCGGUGGGGACAGUGAGAAGGAAAGCUUCCACCAAUUUUUACAUGUAAUCGCUAAUCAGCUGUGGUACCUCAACAGCGCCAUCAAUUUUUACCUGUAUUGUUUGACAGGUCACAGGUUUAGAGAAGAGUUCAUGAAAAUCGUGGUGACUUGCAGGGUGAGACUAACGGAUAGUAAUGAUAAGAGACAGAUUCUAACUUCCAAGCAACGUACCUGAGAGUUCUCAGCAUCUCACUUUUUGUUAGUCGCAGGGUUAUCUAUCCAACAAUUCUAAUGGUGUCUAUCUGUCUUU